AUGGGCAAUGAAAAUAUUUCGAUUCUUUGCUACACUGAUGACGCUGUGCUGAUUGCAGAAAACGAGGACGACCUGCAGAGGCUUCUACAUAUAUGUAAACUCGUCGUCGAUGACCAAACUAUACAGCAAGAGAUGACGUUCAAAUACUUGGGAAUAGAGCUUUGUGGUUUCGGGGAUGUGGAGUCUGAGGUGAGACAACAGGUAAAUAAGGCAAUGAGAACAGCUGGAUGCUUGAACGACACCAUAUGGAAUAACAAACACUUGCGAACCGAGACAAAGGCAAGAAUCUACAAAGCUGCCAUAAGACCAAUAAUGACGUACACAGCAGAAACCCGACCAGACACAACGAAAACUAAGAGGUUGUUGGAAACAUGCGAAAUGAAAGUCCUGAGGAAAAUAGCUGGAAAAACGCUAUUAGAUAGAGAGCGCAGUGACAACAUAAGAAAAAUGUGCGGGGUGGAAGAGGUGAAUGAGUGGAUCCUGAGGAGAAAGCACGAGUGGAAUGCACAUAAAGACCGAAUGGAUCAUGAGAGAAUCGCACGUGAUAAAUCACCAACGGGAAAGAGAAGUAUAGUAAGACCGCGGAAAAGGUGGAGCGAUAACCUGACUACCAACUGA